UUCCUCAUCAUUGAUAAUGACAGACUUGGUGAACAUCCAGUACUUUAUUUUGUCUCCCUGGCUUUCCUUACAGCGCCCCCUGCUGAGUGUGCACCAGGUGGCCACUCCAUCCUCCAGAACCCGUACCGCAGCACCAGCUUCAGCUCCAGCUGGCUGCAGCAGUCGUCCCUGCAGGACUUCAUCUGCGACCACUCUCUCACACCAGGCUGGUACCAGUUUCAGAUUUUUGACAAACCAGCCAGCAUGCCCACUCAGUGUGUGGAGGUGAACCACUGUGGGACACAGGCACCAGUCUGGUUGUCUCUGCGUGAGGGUGAGUCUUUACCUGGUCCACUGGAGGUCCGUCAACUGACGGCCUGUGCAGCCUGGCAGUUCUUUCCCAGCAAUAUUAAAGACUGUUGUUUGUUCCGCAUCCCGGUCACCGUCCGUAACUGUGGAGACUUUUAUAUCUACCUGCUGCAGCCCACACAAGGCUGCAUGGGCUACUGUGCUGAAGCCAUGUCUGAUGCUGUUCCUACGACGUCGUUAACCUGUGACCACGAUCAGGUGAACAUGGAUGGAGGAUGUAAAACUGUGCAGCGCCCUCUUCCUCCUCCUCCUCCAUCAGUACCUGUCAUCAUCCCUGAAGUAACACAUAACAGUGUCUUCCUGAAGUGCAACUUCGAGAGCAUCUCUAACGCUUCGGUGGGUCAUGUGGUCACGUGGUCUCGACUCUCACUUGAAGGCAGAAAGGAGGAGUUGCGACAGGAAACCACCAUCCUGACCUUCGCUUUCAUCGAGCUGGACGGCUUCAACCUCCGCAUGGGGGAUAAGAUUUACUGCUCAAGUUCAAGUUUUUUCUUGGAUUUCCCUGACAUCCGUGGCGCAUCAGUGGAAAGUCAGGAGUUUUUUGCUGGAGUUAGGUUAAUUCCAGAAGAAAACGUAAUAUCUGAAAAUGGGAGACUGUAUGAGUUGGUUGUUGAGAGCACAAUUCCUGUCACUUGCCCAGAUGAGACCUUGUCCUCUGAGCAUCCAUGCACACUGUCCCUGCACUUCAGCACCAGCAGUCAAGAUGAAGGCUUUCUGGGUCCAGAUCUGUCUCUGUCCUCCUGUGUGGUGAAUCUGACCCAGACGCCAUGCCAUUCAGGAGUCUGUAGUCGAGCUCAGAUCUUCUUUGGCCCCAAUGUGGACUUUGUUAAAGAAGGAAACAGGACAACAAAAGUUUCUGUCAAACCUAUCAUCUCCCAGAAUUUCCUCUGGAACGCAUACUCACCAGAACCUGUUGAGAUCACAGUGAAGGAAGUGCCCUCAGCGUACUGUUACUCCUUCACUGACCCUCACAUUGUCACAUUUGACGGCAGACACUAUGACAGCAGCCACAUCGGGACCUUUGUUCUGUACAAAAGCACACUGUGGCCCUUUGAGGUCCACGUUCGUCAGUGGGAGUGUGGCAGCCUGGUCCACGCUGCCUCCUGUGUGUGUGGCUUCGUGGUCAGGGACGGUGGUGAUGUCAUCGCUUUCGACAUGUGCAACGGAGAAAUGGGUGAAACCAGGCCUCACCUGUCUAUGAAAAACAGAGACCUGAGUAAGAGCAGCAUCAGGAUCUUGGAGUCCUACCAGGGACGUAAAGUCACAAUGACAUUCUCCUCUGGAGCCUUUGUCCGUGCAGAUGUUUCUGACUGGGGAAUGAGUCUGACACUCAGAGCUUCCAGUUCUGACUGGGGUCACACUAAAGGUCUGUGUGGCACAUAUGAUGGGCAGCUGGACAAUGAGUUCCACACAGCAGGGGGCGCCAAACUAGAGCAUCUAAACUCAUUUAUCUCCGAAUGGAGACUCGCCCCAGGAACAAGUCUGUUUGACACUGUACCCUUCCACCUCAGUGAACCAAGCCCUCCUAAGUACUGUACCUGUCAGACUGAGUUCCGCUUUGCAGGUUCCAGAGCACAAACUCCAUGGACCCCCAGCCCUGACUCCAGUUGCUUUCGUCAACCCAUUGUACAUCAUCUGACCAUCAUUCCAGCUUUGGAUGUGACAGCUGAGUACAUCAGGUCAGUGGAGCUGCACAGAGGUGAUGAAGUGCAGUUCUUCCCACCAGGACGCUCCAAUCCAAAGCCCCAGGUAGGUGAUACCAACGAAGAUAGAUUCCAGUUAUCAAGAGCAGGAGAUCCUCUUUCUGGGUCUGUAGUCUCAACACAGCCCCAGCAGCACAGGAGCCGUCGUCAGGGCCACCAAUACAUUCCUAACUCCCAGCAUCAAAGCCUCAGUCAGUCGGACCUAGAAGGAUUCUCCUACUUUUUCCCAGAAGACCACGAACCAGCAGCACAACCUGACACUCCUCCGACGUGGCCCACACCCUCUGGUUUCACCGAGCAUCAGGUACGGAGUCAGUGCCUGAAAGCUGUGGCGGAAUCAAACAUCGCAGUGAGUUGCAGGAGACUUUUGGACAAGUCAAUAAUGGGCAAGGUGGUGAUGAUGUGUGUGAGCGACCUCCAGCUAAAGGAUGAUGAGUCAUGGUUGAACGCAACGUUGCCUCUGCUAGAAAAUGAGUGUGAAAGGAGGCUGGUGGAGGACAAGACGAGGGAGGUUGAACAUCACGACAUCCUGGCUGCGCUCAAGUGUCCUGGUCUGUGCAAUGGAAACGGUCAGUGCUCAGAGUGGGGCUGUGUCUGCUUUCCAGGAUUUGGAUCCUACGACUGCAGUGUGAUGUCUGACCAGAUCCCAGAGAUAAUGGAGCUGGAGAAGCAGGGUCUCUGUGAUGUCCGACAAGGUGACUGUUCCACUGUCCAGGUCUAUGGUCAAGGUUUUAAGGACUCCUACGAGCUCAAGUGUGAGUUUGUUAAAGAAAAGUUUGUAGAUGGGGAAUGGGUUUUGGAUGAGCCCAUAUUUGUCCCAGCAACAUUUCUGGAUGUUACUGCUAUGGAGUGUCAGCUCCCUGUGGUGGACAACUGGCUUUCUACAGACCUGGAAACGGAAACAACAACAAAUCGACCACUCGCUCGCUGGCAGAUCAAAGUCUCCAAUGACGGCUACAGCUAUAGCAACGGUAAGAUUCUGAGUCUGUACGACGGAGCCUGUCAGAUCUGCAGCCUCAACACUGAAGUACUCUGCACACUGAGGGAGAAAACGUGCUACAUCAGUGCUGUGUGUUACAGCGAGGGGGAGUCCAAUCCCAGCAACCCUUGCCUCACGUGUCGCCCAGAAUCCUCCAAACACACAUGGUCCACAGCAGAGAGGAACUUUCCUCCAGUGCUGCAGCCGCUGCCGUUACCUCUUCGCUCCUUUCAGGGAGAGAACUUAAUGUAUCAGCUCCAGGCUCAGGACCCUGAGGGUUCGGUGCUCAGCUUCACCCUCAUAUCAGGGCCAGAAGGUUCUUCUCUGUCUCCCUCUGGCCUGCUAGUGUGGAAGGUCACAGCUAAAACCACUGACGUACAUACCUUCUACUUCACUGUGAGGGACGAGUGUAACGCUGAGACCAGAGCAUCUCUGCAGGUGAGGCUGUGCCUUUCCUCUAACUUCCAGUCUUCCACAGGUCAGGGAGAUGCUGCCAGAGCUGGAGAUCAGAUUCACAUUUCAGUUUCAAAUUCGGACAAGCACAUUAUUCCCACCACUUCCUCCACCUCUUCAUUACAACCACCGGCUUCUCCGACCACACUCAGACGACACCCUGACAGGAGGGCGAGACCACAAUCCACUUCUGGUGUCAGAAAGACCACAGUGACACCCCUAAAUCAAACUGUACCCAGACUGUUUGGCUCCACUGUCCCCAGAGGUCAGCUGACCCCAGACCUCACCACGGGGGUGAGAACGGGGACCCUGUCGGUCCCCAUGACCUGUGCUGACUCUCCCUGUUUCCCCGGUGUCCCCUGUGAGCCAACAGUCACUGGGUCCUUCAGGUGUGGACGCUGUCCCUAUGGUUACGUCGGAGAUGGAGUCACAUGUAAAGCUGUGUGCAGGUAUCAAUGUGGCAGGAACAUGGAGUGUUCUCUGCCCAACACCUGUACCUGUAAAGAAGGUUACACUGGAUACAACUGUCAUAUCGCUGUGUGUCGUCCAGACUGCAAGAACCAGGGCAAGUGUGUGAGACCUGAUGUGUGUGAGUGUCCUUCAGGCUACAGCGGCCCCACCUGUGAGACAGCAAGCUGUGAGCCUCAGUGUCAACACGGAGGCACCUGUCUGUCCAGGAACCUGUGUACCUGCCCCUACGGCUACGUGGGGCCCAGAUGUGAAAUCAUGGUUUGUAACAGACACUGUGAAAAUGGAGGAGAGUGCAUUUCACCUGAUGUCUGCAGAUGUAAACCAGGCUGGAAUGGACCAACGUGCAACUCAGCUCUCUGUAACCCUGUCUGUCUGAACGGAGGAACCUGCAUCAAACCCAACAUCUGUGCUUGUCCCAGUGGUUUUUAUGGCUCCCAGUGUCAAACUGCACUUAUACUGCCCUCUGCUGGAUCACUGGGUAAUUACAACAACGUGUGCUCCUGUCCUGAAGGAUACACUGGAAAGAGGUGUCAGAAAAGUGUGUGUGAGCCUAUGUGUAUGAAUAAGGGAAAGUGUGUCGGUCCAAACACAUGUUCCUGUGCCUCAGGAUGGAGAGGAAGCAGGUGUAACAUCCCGGUGUGUUUACAAAAGUGUAAGAAUGGUGGCGAGUGUGUAGGACCCAACACCUGACAUAUUUGCUCUCCUGUGUCUGACGUAUUAGCACAAACCAUCUGUACGCAGCGAUGCUUGAACGGAGGAAGGUGUGUGUUGCCUGACUAUUGUCACUGUCGGCGAGGAUUCAAAGGCCUAAACUGCUCAAUAAAGGCUUCACAGGCAUGAUGAGAAGAAAGAGAAACCACAAACUGCACAAUGACGAGAGGACAUGUUGUAUGGAUGAGUGAGUGUGUGUGUGUGUGUGUGUGUGUGGCUCCAUGCACAUUUAAACAGAGGGACUUGAUGUAUUGCACUUGUCUAUUUGGGCCCUGUAUUUCACUACCUCAAAGCAGAAGGAAACACAUCUGUUAGAGUCUUUAUAUUCAGAUGUUUCUUGUGUUGUAUGAAGAUGUUUGUUUCGACUCAAUGUUAUCUCUGAUUUUUCUUUUUUUUUUUUUUUAUUUUUUUC